AUGGAUUCCUUCUCAAAUUACAGCUAUUUCCAAAAUGAUACAGACUACUAUGAAGAUCAAUCUUUUUCUUUAUUUGACAUUCAUGUCCUGGUGCCUGUGACUAUAAUUGCAAUCAUAUUAUUUUUCUUAGGUAUCACUGGGAAUUUGCUAACAUUAAUUUUCAAAAGAUACAAGGAAAUGAGAACUACUGUUAAUAUGUAUUUAUCCAGCAUGGCACUGUCUGACAUUCUGAUCUUCUUUGGUCUGCCUUCUGAUUUGUACAGGAUUUGGAAAUACAAACCAUACAUAUUUGGGGAUUUUCUCUGCAAAUUUUUGUUUUACCUCAGUGAAACCUGUACCUACUGCACCAUCUUGCAUAUCACCACUUUGAGUGUAGAGCGGUAUUUUGCAAUCUGCUUUCCUUUGAAAGCCAAAACCACAAUCACUAAAUGCAGAGUGAAAGGGGUCAUCCUUUCUUUAUGGGUAUGGGCUCUUCUGACUGCCAGCCCAGUUCUGUUCCUCUUUGGUGUGGAGCACCGCAAUGGCAGCCGGUCAGAUGAAGCCAAGGAAUGCAAUUACAUUGAACACACAGCCCGCACAGGGCUUUUAGAAACAAUGACUUGGCUCUCCACCAUUUAUUUUUUCCUACCAGUGCUCUGCCUGACUCUGCUCUAUGGACUCAUCUGUGGAAAACUUUGGAGAAGCAGACAUAAGAUGAGAGGACCCCAGGUGGCAAGCAGAGAAAAGUAUCACAAACAAACAGUCAAAAUGCUAGCAGUAGUAGUCCUGGCCUUCGUGCUGUGUUGGCUACCAUUCCACAUUGGCCGAAUCCUCUUUGCUCAGACUAUAAUUGUCCUAUAUGACUUCACUCAGUACCUUAAUCUCAUCUCCAUGCUUCUCUUUUACCUUGGAGCAUCUAUCAACCCGAUACUUUACAAUGUCAUGUCACAAAAAUACAGAAAAGCAAUGAGCAAAAUUCUGAACUACAGUCAAGUCUGGCAAUCCAGAAACUUGACAAGGAAUGAAAGGACUUCUCUUGAAGGUACAGAAGUCAGUUCUGUCAUGUAAACAGUUUGGCACCCACUUAAAUACAGUGGGUACAUCUAGAUUCCAUCUAUCCACUAGUGAACUGUAUGUUAAAACCAAGUCAUGGCAGUAGUGCGUAUUAUGUGGUAAGUGGGGAUUUUCAUCUCAGGGUGGAAAGUUUGCUGCUUCCAGCUGUGCACACAAAAUUCGUCAUUAAUCAUGGUCACUCCUCCUGUUUCAGACUGAUGUAGUUAGUAUGUCCUGCAAUGAUUAUAAAGUUUUAGUUUUGACUGUAUCCUGACACUUAUCUGCAGAAGCUGGAGUGGCCCAACACUCUCUCCAAGGACUUCAGUCAAUUGUGUGCAUGCGCAGUUUCACCUUGCAACAAAGCUGUCAUCUUCUAAUGGAUUUGUCCCAAGCCCUACAUGAUUCCAGCUUUUGCUUAUGGGUCCUACAGAAUCUAUUCAACAUCCUCAUUCAAGUUUGAUGUAUGAAAACUAAUCAAAACAGACAAGCUGGAUUGAAACUAUGUGUUUAUUUAACCUUAAAGGGAAGGGAAAUAAAAAAACUGAAAUGUUAUGAUUGUGAAAGAUGCACGUCCAUUACAAAGGCCGAAAAGAGGGAAGCAAGAAAGUUACAGGUUUGCAGGUGGAGGAGGGAGGAAGCAGAGAAAAUUACUUGCUCAGUUUCCACAAGAAGCAUGAGACAGACAGGGAUGGGAAUCCGACACUCACUCCAGUGCCUUAGUCUCAAGGCCAUUCUCAAGGGGACUAUUGAAUCUGUAGUGUUUGGACAGAUUACUUCAAGUUUAGUUUUCCCUGGUGGAAAUCGAUGUAAUGUCAAAGCAAUCAAAUAAUUCUGUCUUUAUUACUCUGUCACCAUUUCACAAGAAGUUGUUUGUUGUUGUGACAGAGCACAACAGCCUACCAGGGAAAAAUAAGACAUGUCACUGAGCACCACACUGGCAGUAUGUGUUAUCACAUCACUCAGUGCUAAAGGAGCUGACUCUCUCCAGGCAAGAACAUUUACAUAGAGUAAGGUGGGGCUUGUGCUUUUUCCCCCCUUCUUCCAAAAUGUUGAUUUCAUUGAGACCAUUUUCAAUCACCACUUUGUCAUACAAGCUUCUUCUCAUCCGAAUAAGUAGUUAAAAAUAGUAGGUAGCGGUUCCAACAGGAUGGUCUACUCUACACUGGCUUGUAGCAAACAGAACCGCAUCACCAUGUUUGCUUUUUUCAUUUGUAGAUGGUAAGGUUUAAUUUUUGCCUUUAUGCAUCUCUGUAACCUUGCAUGGGAAAGGGGUGGGAGUGCUAAUUCUAGGCAAUGGAAAUUCCAUUGCAAUUUGGUUAAAAAUAGUUUGAGGGAAAGUGAGUGAGCCAGCCAAUCUGGCAUAAUCCCUUCUCCCUUUCUGGACAUAUUGUUGCUGGGCAGAGCCAGGGAACAGCUGAUCUACACAAAUUUCAGUGGGUUUCCUGAUUCCUUGGAGUUGUAUGGAGUCCUGCUUUUUCCACUGCACUGGGAGCGGAGAGGGAGAGGCAUAAAUGGCAGCACAAGCCACAUGGAGAGCAGCACAGAGGGACUGGAAGCUGCAUAUGAAUCUUGGGAAAUCUGUGCUGUGGUGCUGGAGAACUACAUCCCCUCCACAAACCCAGACUCCUCCCUCCCACAUGGAGCAUGACAAGUUUCAUCUCGGAACUUCCUGAGCAUCUCUCUCAUACUGGAGGUUCAAGGUAUAGCAUAUUGAAGCUAUAAAGCAACUCAAUUCCAUGUUGCUGUUCCCUACAUCCUAAACUACCUACUA